AUGCCAGCUCAAAAGGUCCCUGUCGACGGCCACACCAAUGGUGUAGAGGUUCACCGUACCAAAGGACUCCUCGAUUGGAGCUCUUUCAAGAAUGUCAUCAACGGAGAACUCGAGACAACGUCCAAGACACGGCGUAGUAUCAAUCCGGCUACUGGAGAACCUGGGCCAGAAGUACCUGUCGCGACAAAGGGCGAUGUUGAUCGAACACUAGAGGCCGCGAAAGUGGCAUUCGAGAAGUGGUCCCAAGUCUCGUAUUCAGAUAGACAGCACGCUGUGCUGGCAUUUGCAGAUGCAUUGGAAAUUGAGAAAGAAAACUUUUCACAACUCCUGACCCAGGAGCAGGGCAAACCGUUGGUAUUUGCCCGAUUUGAGCUUGACCUUGCCAUCCAAUGGAUGCGCGACAUCGCCAAACUCGAGCUUCCAGAGGAAAGUGUUUUUGAAGACGACAAAGAGAUUCGUGUCAGAUAUACUCCGCUGGGCGUGACGGUCGGCAUUGUUCCAUGGAACUAUCCGAUCCUCCUCGCAACGGGAAAGAUUGCUCCAGCCGUCGUGACAGGCAACACCAUUGUCAUCAAACCAUCGCCAUUCACCCCUGCAGGAGACUUGAAACUGGUUGAACUUGCACAACGGUUCUUCCCUCCUGGCGUAGUACAAGUGCUGUCUGGAGAUGACAGUCUGGGGCCCAUACUUACAGAGCAUCCUAUCCCGGCCAAGAUCAGUUUCACUGGGUCGACCUUCACCGGGAAGAAGGUCAUGGAAUCCGCCAGCAAGACACUAAAACGAGUGACCCUGGAACUUGGUGGCAAUGAUCCAGCAAUUGUCACUGACAAUGUGGACAUAGCAGCUGUAGCUCCCAAGAUCGCAGGGCUCGCAUUCCUCAACUCGGGCCAAAUAUGUCUAGCUCUGAAACGGAUAUUUGUUCAAGAAACUAUUGCAAAUGAAUUUCUACAGGCAAUGGUAGAGGCGACCAAGAAUCUCAAGAUCGGCCCAGGAACUGACCCCGACGUCUACCUUGGCCCGAUCCAAAACAAAAUGCAAUAUGAGAAGGUCAAGACCCUUUUUGCAGAUAUAGAAGCACAGAACUGGAAGGUCGCCGUCGGUGGGACAAAUCCAGGAGGUAAAGGAUACUUUAUCACUCCUACCAUCAUUGAACGUCCUCCACUAGACUCAAGGAUUGUGAGGGAAGAGUCAUUUGGCCCGAUAGUUCCCUUCCUGACGUUUAUGGAUGACGCAGAGGCAAUCAAGCUGGCAAAUGAUACCCAUAUGGGCCUAGGAGCUUCGGUUUGGUGCAACGAUAUUGAACGUGCGAACAAUAUUGCUCUCAAACUUGACGCGGGAAACGUGUGGGUGAACACGCAUUUCGAGCUCGACCCCCGAUUUCCAUUUGGCGGACACAAGCAGAGCGGCAUUGGAGUAGAAUGGGGUGUCGGCGGACUAAAGUCUUUCUGCAACUCGCAGACUCUAUUCUUGAAGCGAAAUUCUCCAUAG